CAGCAUCUGCAUUGUGAGGAGAAAUCGUCCAGUGGGAGUGGGGAUCAGAAGGAAGAUGAACACAUAACUAACAACAGGUUACUUCGUUGCAGACAAACCAUAGAAAGCCAUUGCUACGUUAUUGUUUUUUUUUUGUUUGUUUGUUUUUAUUGCUUUUCAACAUGAGUUCCCUGUUUUUUUGCGAACCUCCGCCCGGUCCGGUCUGCAGCGGCUCCGGCGCGGUGACCAGCGCCCUGCGGAACGACCUGGGCUCCAACAUCCAUGUGCUGAAAACCCUCAACCUGCGCUUCCGCUGCUUCCUCGCUAAAGUCCACGAGUUGGAGCGGAGGAACAAGCUGCUGGAGAGCCAGCUGCAGCAAGCCCUGCAGCGGCCGCAAUGCCGACACCCGUUCGGCCGGGAGGUCGCGGUGCAGACGGACGGUCCCGAGUCCAGGCUCCCAGGAACCAUCUGGAGUUUCACCCACAUCCGGAGGCAAGGGGAGCGCUUCGAGACCCUGCACGGGCCCGGGGUGACGUGGACGCACCCGGACGGAGUCGGGGUGCAGAUAGACACCAUCACCCCUGAAGUGAGGGCUCUGUACAACGUGCUGGCCAAAGUCAAGCGAGAGAGAGACGAGUAUAAGAGAAAAUGGGAGGAGGAACUGUCCAAGCGAGAGAGGCUGGAGUCCACUGUGGACUCCCUACAGCAGAGCGCCCGGGAGUCAUCAGAGAUCCAGGAUGAGCUGAAUGAGAAGGUAGACAGACUGAAGGCUGAACUCGUGGUCUUCAAGGGCCUGAUGAGCGACAGACGGCAAAUGUCAGACCUGGACUCAAAGAUCCAGGAGAAAGCCAGGCGGGUGGACAUGGACAUCUGCAGGCGUAUCGACAUCACGGCCAAGCUGUGCGACGUGGCUCAGCAACGCAACUCGCAGGACAUGUCAAAAAUGUUUAACGUCAGCCCCGCCAGGUCACUCCCAGAGAAGGGCGCCAUGGCGUGCUGCAGGAGAAAGGAGCGUAAAACCAUCUCCGAUGAGGAGACCUCGGAGAUGGAUGCAGAGCCCAGCACUUCUGAGGAGGAGGUCCCUGGAUCGCUCAACAUCACGGAUGAGAUGAAACGCAUGCUCAACCAGCUACAUUGUUCAGAUAACUCCUUUGUUGCCAGGCGCGAGACGUUUGAAAUUGACGACGACUGUGACAGUCUGACUUGGGAAGAAAAUGAGGACACUCUGUUGCUGUGGGAGGAUUUCACCAACUUCAACAUGCCGUGCACCAUCGCCGCAACCGCCGGCACAGCUGCCUGCCCCGGCGAUGGGAGCGGCGAAGCUGCUGAUCCGGAUUCCCAGGAUGGAAGUCUUGGCAGCCUCAUUGAUGAAACAGAGUCACUAUUUAAGAGCAGGGAGAAGGAGUACCAGGAGACCAUCGGACAGAUUGAGAUGGAACUGGCCACAGCAAAGAGUGACAUGAACCGACACCUGCACGAGUACAUGGAGAUGUGCAGCAUGAAAAGAGGCCUCGAUGUGCAGAUGGAGACCUGUCGGCGGAUGAUUAAAGGUGGCAGGAACUCUCCGUCUUUCAGCUCGGCAGCCAGCAGCGACUCAGGGAACACAGACGAGAUCCAGGACGAUAUCUCAGAUAAAGAUGCAGAGGCUGAAGUCCCGCUCAGUUGAUGGCUGAGAUUUGUCCCACCUUCUGUUGUCUGCCUCAAUUAAUCAUUGGAGUUUAAAUAUGAGCAGAGCGUCAUCCUUGCUGGAGGAGGAACAAGCUUAACAUGGUGCAGGCUCAGAACUGGUGCUUUUAUACUGUUUAGAAAGUGGUGGUGGGCGUGUCUUUGACACCAAGCUGUGCUCUCUUUCUCGCCGCUGAUUCCAGGGCUUCAAAUCAUUUUGCAGAGGAGAAAAAGAAAUAUUUUAAACAACCUGAAAAGUAUUUUCUAUCCAGUUAAGAUCCUUUUUUUCUAAAGGAAUUGAAUACAGUACAUAUUGUACUCCUCUAUUCACCAAAACAAUUACUAUACAUCUCUUAGAUUGAGAAACGUGUGUUACUGCUGAUUGAAAUACUCUCUUGUUAUUGUGUGAUUUGAUCCUAGGUUUGGUAUUUAGAGUCCAAAUUUAAGUGUUGGGAUUUAAGCGUCUUCUGUCAGGGAGACAAAGAGAAACGGAAACAAAUGGUGUUGAAGUUCUGCUUGUUUCUGAGGGAACUCUGCAGACUUGCCAAAAGUCAACAGAGGAAAGGAGCACAGCCUUUUUUUUAGUAAAUGCACCGGUGCACUACUGAAAUCUAUGCAAUUUAGCAAGCCUUAUUGUUUUUUUGGACUGUCACCCUUCUUAGCUUCUCUUAUAGCCAUUUGCCUCUUUUAAGGAAAGCAGGUAUUUUUUUUAUACUGUACUGUCUUUGUUGGGGGCAUCAACUGGAACAGUGCCCACAAAAUAUGAAUAUAUCAUAAAAGACUGCUUUGCAAAGGUAUUCAUAACCCUUGAACUUUUCCCAUUUGGGAUUUUCAUUGUGAUAGACCAACAAAAAUCCAUAAUUGUGAGGCAGAAGUAAUAGGAUAUUUAAUUUUUUACAAAAAUAAAUAAGUGUGCUGUGCAUUGUGCAGUGUUCUGGCCUUCUAUAUACGUACUUUGCAGAACCACCUUUUUACAGCUGCAAUAUUUUGUUGUUUGUCCCCUCUAGCUUUUCAUUAGACUGGAAGUUUUGCGCAUUCUUUGCAGAAUAGCCCAGACUCAGUAAGAUUGGAUGGAGAGCAUCUCUGAAUAUUAAGGUUCAAGUCUUGCCACAGUUCUAAAUACAUGUUUAGGGAUGUUGUUCUGGUGAAACUCUGUUCUAGUCUCAAGUGUUUUGCAACAUCCAACAGGAUUUCUUCAGCCGCUAAAUAAAACCAUCCCGACAGCAUAAUGCUGCCACCACCAUGUAUGAUUGGUGUUUUCAUGGUGAUGCACAUUGUGCAUAUAGACAAAAAAAAACAAAACAAUUCAAUCUGAUCUUCUAUAAAGGCAACAUUUGUGAAGCACACAAAUAGUAAUUUUCCUGUACAAGUUUCUGGCUCUCUGCAGCUCCUUUAAAGUUACAAUAGAUCUCUUGGCUGCUCUGGUAGGUUUGCAGUUGCAUCAUGCCCCUUUCAUUUAAAGAUGAGUGAACAGUGCUCUGUGAGAUGUUCCGGAUAUUACAUAUUAACAAUAUCCCAAGCUAUUAUACAGUAUAUAUAUUUUAUCUUCUCAACAACUUUCUCCCAGAUCUGUCUGCUGUGUUCCUUGGUCUUUGUGAUUCUGCCUACGGUUCACUAAUGUUCUCUAACAAAUCUCUGAGGCCAGAAAUAGAACAGCUGACAUUAUACAGAGAUUAAAGUACACUAAGAUGGGACUAUUUACUAAUAAGGUGACUUCUGAAGCCAAAUGAUUGCACUGGAUUUUAUUUAGUGGUAUCAGAGUAAAAGGUUGAAUACAUAAGCAUACAAGACUUGAUAUUUUUAUUUGUAAAAAAAUAAUUUUCAAACUAUGUAUUGCUUUCCGUUCACUUCUCAGUUGUGCACUGCUUUGUGUGGGUCUAUCACAUAAAAUCCCAAUAAAACACAUUGAUGUUUGUGGCUGUAUCAUGGCAAAAUGUGAACUAAGUUUAAAAGUAUGACUACUUAUGCAAGGCAGAGUAUUUGUUUGCCAGGUUGCUUGCUGCUGAAGUAGGCAGUGCCCUGCUCUGAAUUAGAGGAAACGCCACUCGUGUUGUGCCGCCAAUUUGCACAAAUAUAUACUUAGUUUCUUGAAAAUUAAUAAGGUAGAAGAGUUGGAUUGUAAGAACCUGAAUCAUCAGUGGUAAACAACUCCCCUUCAGAUGUUCGUGCUAAACCAAAGGGCAUAGUUCACAUUGUUCUGCAGAGUCCUCUGCAGGAGAGCAGGUUCCACUUAGUGCUUUGUUUCUUUAGAACAGGGCUAGAAACAUCAGUCUGUCAGCAUGUGAUCCUAUGUACCCCAGAGGCCUUUUGUGUUUAUAUUUGUCAUUUUGCUGCAGACUGAGAAAAUAUUUCAGCACAGAAACUAAUCAACAAAUGAAACGAGAAUGAGCAUUUUUUUUUUGUUUGUUUUAAUCAUUGGUUUAUUUUAUAUUUGAGUGUGAGUCACAGGAUCCAAGAUUAAGAACUAAUACUUUUAUCUUGACGUUUCUGGGGGCAGAAAAUGGUGAAGCAUGCUCUUGUGCACAAAAGAAGCUUUGGGUCUUUGUUUAUACAUAUAUUUUGAGCUAAAAUGCUGCAAUACAGACUGUGUACUGUCUGUCAUAUUUGCGACAAAACUUUACUUGUGGCAAAAGAUGUUUUGUUUUUAACCAGAGUGUGUUAACCAUUAAACUGUGUAGCUAUAUUAAGCUUCUAACAACUUGAAUAUAAACUAUGUUGCAGUUAUUUUUUUAUUACUAACAAAUCACGAUACAGAAUUAACACAAGAAAACAGAGAAGAGAAGCCUCACUAAUAGAGAACAUGUCAAAUUGUUGAUAUAAAAACCAGCCUGAUGAGUAACAAAGAGUCAUUCUGUUAUUUCUACUGGACUUUGCUCACAUCAUUUAAUGACUGUAUGGCUGUAGCAUCCACGAACGGUGGGUCUGAUGUGUUUCUCGCUCCUCUGAUUGUCAUACAUAACCAGCCAACCACAGCAAUUGUGCACAGUAACGUGAUGAAGAUGAAAAUAUAGAUUCUGACCUGGAUAAAGUUUUGCAGACUCGGUAGGCACAUGCCAACCUCACAGGAUUUUCCAACAUCCCCAACUCCAGCAAACUACUGGAUGUCAGGUAUAACAUGCCCACUCUCCAAACCCCUAAAGCAGGUUUCCCACAUUUUACUUCAGAAAGCUGUAGCGACUCUUAUUUGUUGAAUGUAGCUUGAUUGGAAGCCUUUAAAGACCUUAAAAUAAUGUAGCUGAUAAAACUGCAGGGACACAUGGUGUUAGGUUACCUGCUGGGACCCUCAGUGUGAGUUUCUCUGUACUGAACAAGUUCUCAAGCUUACCACCAACCAGGCGUAUGUAAAUUUUGCUGGAUGUGAAUGUUUCAUACUAAAAGGGGGUUUUAUACGAGGAGUUUUUACUCUUUGGGUGUGGGGAUUAUUUGGUUUAUCUUCGCUUGCAAACAUAUCUGCUGUUUUAGUUCCAUAAAUGCGACACGGAGGUCCAAGCUGCAGCAAUAUUUGGAUAAAAACUGCUGAACUCUUAUCAGGUCCCAGUCUUGUUUAUUUUGACUCACAGGAAACAUCUUUGUUUUAAUUAGCUGUUGUUUAUCAACGUUUAUUUAUAUUCUUUUACUCUUAGAUUUGUAAGUUUAUUCUUAAUAUUUUUGUUGAAACUAUUUAUAUGGUGUACUCCUGCAGGUGUUGGGCUGUUUUCAUUUUAAAAAUGAUGAAUGUACUCAGUCGAUGUUGGGGUAAAGUUAAAUAAAGCGGUGGAUUGGGUAAAAA